CUCAGACACGUAUGAACGUUAUCGAGUGACAACCAUCUCUAUACGAUAUUUUCCUUUGUCAAAAUAAAAAGUAAAUAAAUAAAAAUUUGAUCCAGGAACGAAACGAACCACCCACACACCCUGAACGGCUCGAUGGACGACGAGGAGACAGCAGAAAACAAUUCUGGGCAAGGCCAUCAAAAUGGGGAGGACCAAAACGGGGACAGUGCAAUAGAAGACCAUCGGGCGGCGGAGGAGGAGGAUGUCUUCGAGGAUCCCGUGGCCGCAGAGGUCGAGGUGGAGGCAAACCCUCUGGAUCCCAUCGACGAUGCUAUCCAAGACGAUUUAAGUCCGCUCGAUCCUCCCAGCAGCGACAUGUCUUUGGAAAGUCCAGGAAGCGAAGACGACUCUGACUUGGAGGCCCUGCCCCGGUGGAUGAUCCCUCAGAACCGCCUGCGCUCCGCCGUGGACAUGAUGGUAUCCCAAGCUCGUACUCAGAACGGCGGAAUUGCUGCCCUUUUGAAUCGGGACAACUUCCUGCAACGGGUGCGCAGCAUGGUAUUCAGCCAGGAGAGGCGGCGCAGUCGCACUAGCGACGAUACCAGCCAAGAUGGAGGAGAGCAAGCGGAGGAACCACCCCAGCCCAUACCGAGAACACCCAUCGACAUUGACAUGGAGGAGGGAGUGCGUUUCGACACAAACCUGCCGGCGGAACACUCCUAUUUUGGCAACCAUUUGAGCCGAGUGCCCGGUGUUGAUUAUUUGGAAGUGGGCAGCACCCACCACAUGCUCAUCUUCCUGCAUCAGCACAUCCUCUUCCCCGGCGAAGUGCUGCCCUUUAUGAUCGAUGGCAGCCUGUUUGAUGAUGAGAUGCCCGGAUUGGAUGGCCUAAUCUUUGGAGUGGGCUUUCCUCUCAUGCAGCCUCCCGAGGAUAACCCUCAUAAACUAUAUGGAGUUACUUGCCAGGUCUAUGAGAAGGGGGAGAGUGGUCGCCAGUUGGUAUUCUACAAAUCGCGAGCUUUGCAGCGCAUCGUCAUCAAUUGCGAUGAUAUCCAAGGACCUCCGCAAUAUAUCGCCCGCAAUCCGACGAGCAAGUGCUUCAGCAAGGUUAAGAUUCUUCCCGAGUACUUUCUGCCAGAGCCACUGAAGUGCGUAGAUAUGGGCUCAAUGUCCAGAUUUAGAGACAUCCCCUCGAUGCGCGAUAAAUACCGACGCUAUCAGUUAUCCAGUACCCCCUGGCCCGCAGAUGCCUGUCAGGAAUAUGCCUACGAGGAGAUCGUAGAACGGGCUCGUAAGAAACUGGAGAUACACAAGAUUGACACCAUGCCCCGAUGUCCCAUCCAGUUGUCUUUUUGGCUUGUGCGGAACCUACAUCUUACCGAGAAGAUGAUGAGGCUAACCUUCCUUACGGAUUCGGUCAACACGCGACUCCAGCUCAUCGGCAGUACACUCAAAGAGGAAUCCCUCUUCUAUUGUCGCUACUGCAACAGCAGUCUAGCCUAUUGUUCCGACCUAUUUGCCAUGUCCAAGCAUGGGGUGCAGACACAGUACUGCAAUCCCGAGGGCUAUAUACACGAAACUAACACCGUCUACCGCGUGAUGUCGCAUGCCAUCGGCUACAGCGGUGAACCAUCCACCAAAUUCAGCUGGUUCCCCGGCUACCAGUGGCAUAUUAUCCUUUGUAAAUUCUGCGCUCAGCAUGUUGGAUGGGAAUUCAAGGCGGUGGAACCCAAUUUGGCACCCAAGGUUUUCUUCGGCUUGGCUGGCUCGAGUGUACGGAUAGGAAAAGCCAGCGAGAGCACCCCAGUAAAUGGGAGCAGCUUUGUGGUACGCAACAUGCUACGACUAAUCUCCAACGAGAUGGAAUGAGGCUGGCGCGUUGUGAAGCGAUUUCUCAGUUGCCACUGCUGCAGCUGUUCUAGGCGUAGCCAGUAGGGCAAUGCUGUGUUUAUUUCGUUUCACAACUAUAUUUUUUGGUAAAACACAUGCUGUUCUCUAAAUGUUUCCCACGAAUUGAGGGCAUGGGUGUAAAAAGUAAGAUUGAUCUACAUAUUAUCGCGUAUAUGUUCUUUAGUUAAAGUAAAUUAUACCUAAUUGAUAUAUAAGAUAUUUUCAACAUAAAGCUUCUCUAUGAUAAGUUUAUCAUGUGUUUA